UCGGUCAUCUUUUCGAUCACCAGUCACCAGAGGCGCUGGCAAUCAAAACAAUGGAUUUCUUCGUUGAGGGAAUUUGUGAGAAAAUGUGCACCGAAAAGGAGAUCAACCUGAGAAUUCGAGAGAAGUUGGUGCACUUCUUCGAGAAAAACCCAAAAACCGGAGGUGUUGAUAAGGCGCGAAUGGUGAGGGCGUUUGCAAGAUCAGCAGCCGGAAAGGAGUGCACAGCUAGGGAUUUGAGGACAGUUUCUGCACUAAAGCAGACAGUGUCUUAUCUCUUGACAGAGAUACUACCGGACAAACGAAAGCCUUUUCAUGAAGUCUUUGACUUUAUCUUUGACCGCAUGAGAUCUGUGAGACAGGAAAUCGUCAUGCAAAAUAUCAGUCCUAUCGACACACUGGCUCUCAUUGAACCGAUGAUAUUCUUCAUGGUUUACAGUCGAUAUCGGUUAUGCGAGGAACCGCUGAUGAACUUCGAUCCAAAGAUUUGUCGCCAGCACAUGAUUGAGUGUGUGCAAACAGCUUUGGUGUGUUAUGACGAGAGCCACGAGAGACUGGAGAAUCGCCCCAUAGUUGAAUCCGUCUAUUUGCUGGCAAAUCUGGGCAAUCAGGAUGCUCUUCGCCGAGGGUUGUCCGUGUUUGAGCGCUUGCAUCACUCCAGCGUCUUCCUCACUGCCUUCAAGAUGUCCCUCUACAGCUGGAAGGGAAACUACUAUCGCACCCUCGCAAUGUGGAGCGAUUUGCCCACAAUCUGCUGUCUGGCUGCUGCUGAGAAAAUCCCGGACAUCCGUGGGAAGCUUCUGGAAACAUUCUCAGUGUCUUAUCACAGCCGACAACUGACCGUUCCUCUAGCGUGGCUACAAAAAAUACUUCGAUACGGCGACAGGUGUCAUCUGGAACAAGAUCUGCGGCGAUGCAGCGUGGAAAUUGUCAAUAGGACUGAUGCGAGGUUUGAUAAGGCUGCCUUUGAUAAACGUGGGAAAAUUCUGUUGCAUUCCCAUGAGGCUAUUGUGGAGGAAAAACUAACGGCAGAGCCGCUUGCAUUUCCAAUUUAGCACUCGUACUUCAUCAUAAACAUCUCAGAAGCGUGGGCAAGAAUCAGGAGCGAAGAGAAUAUCUCUUGGAGGGAAUAAAACACCUGCACGACAAUGUCAACCGCUUCGGCGAGAACCUGGACUGAAGAGUGCGGCUCAUCUGUCCACUGCUUUUAUACGCUCAACCGCGCCGCCAUGAGAAACGAUGGCAGAGAUCUCCAGCGACUUCCACAUUCAAUUCCGCGAUAAGUGCAUCGAGACGGCCCGGGAAAUCUCGCGGCUUUCUCGGGUGCGUGUCUGAGAUGCAAUGAAUUUACUGAAGAAUGUCAAUCGCCCGCGAAAUUAACACAUUUGUGCCCAUUCUCACACAAUUUUCGCCCAGAUUAAAGCAACGUUCUUGAUGAGCCCACAUGAAAUUUUCCCCAAUUGACACAAUAAA